GUGUUUAGAGUCAUUAUCGUGCUGGAAAAUAAAAUCCUCAACUUGAAGCCUGUAAUAUUCGACCGUGUCCUUCAACGUUGCGAAUAUCCCAAUGUAAUCUUCCUUUUCCAUGGUGCCGUCGUAGAUUUGGCAGCCGUAGCCAAGCCCAUUCCAUGUCAUACAGCCCCAAAACAUCAAAGACCCUCCACCAUGCUUGACUGUUGGCUCCAUAUA